CUCAAUUGUGCAGGUUAUCAAGUCAACCUGCUAUGACCAUUAUUUCCCAAAGGGUGGCAGUACUCACAUUGGAGGAGAGCACAGCUUCUUCGUGUCUUCAUAUUUCCCACAAUUCCAUUGAGCGCUCUCUUCCGGUUUUGAACCCAUACGAGUGGCAGAACCAGCUACCGAAAUGGCAAAGUCAAAGAAUCACACUACCCACAACCAGUCUCGCAAACAUCAUAGAAAUGGCAUCAGGAAGCCCACGUCUAACCGUUAUGAGUCGCUGAAAGGGGUGUGUCCCAAGUUCCUGAAGAACAUGCGCUUUGCCAAGAAGCACAACAAGAAGGGGGCGAAGGCUGUGAACAAGAAGGAAUAAAAUGGCUAUUCCAGAAAUACUCCAGAGACACCCUGCACCAUCUAUCUUAAAGGACUUUAUACAACAACAAUAAAGCCAUGGUUUGUUUUGGACAACAUUCACCACUCGUUAUUUCAAUGGGAUGAUGUUGGGAUGUCUCCUGCUCGUGUACAGAGUGUUCACUUCCACCGUUACAUCAUGUUGUAUUAAAGAUUUCUUUGGAUAUACCCACACA